UUUCUUUUUCUGGCUUGAAUGAUAAGAAAAAAGAGUGACACUGAGAAUAGUGCUCCGAACCCUAAAGCUUUCCGCAUCGAAAUCUUCUCCUGAUUCGUUAGUAUCAUUUCCAUUCUUCAGUUGUUUCCAUUCGUAUUCAAACACUAAAUCUUAAUCUUUUAGGAUAGUUUUUACAUAAGAUUUUCUGCAAAGAUGACUCAAGACGUGGAGAUGAAAGACCACCAAACUCCUUCGCAUUCUGUUUCCUCAGCUGUGCCAUCCACUUUACAGCAUUUGAAGGAGAUAUCAUCGAUCAUAGAGUCUGGCUCCUACACCAAGGAGAUUCGCCGGAUUGCUCGUGCCGUUCGUCUCACCAUGGGCCUGAGGCGGAAGCUGACUGCUAACGUGCUCUCUGCAUUUCUCGAUUUUGCACUUGUGCCAGGUUCCGAUGCGCAUGCUCGAUUGUCUCCGUAUCUUACUAAAGAAAAUGAGCAUGACAUGGAAGUUGAUACUGCGACAUCUGCUGCCCAAACUCCAGGAAAAUACUUGUUGCCAGAGCUUGAAAUCUACUGCUACUUGCUUGUUCUUCUAUUUCUGAUUGAUCAGAAAAAAUAUGAUGAGGCCAAAGCUUGUUCCUCUGCAAGCAUUGUUCGACUCAAGAACCUAAACAGAAGAACUAUUGAUGUUCUAGCAUCUAGAUUGUACUUCUAUUAUUCGUAUAGCUAUGAGCUCACUGGUGAUCUUGCACAAAUUCGUGGCAACCUUCUUGCCUUGCAUCGUAUUGCCACUUUGCGCCAUGAUGAGUUGGGUCAGGAAACACUUUUGAACCUGUUACUUCGUAAUUACCUCCAUUAUAACCUUUAUGAUCAAGCUGAGAAGCUGAGGUCUAAGGCACCACGAUUUGAAGCACACUCCAACCAGCAGUUCUGUCGAUAUCUCUUGUACCUUGGGAAAAUUCGGACAAUUCAGUUGGAGUAUACCGAUGCUAAAGAGAGUCUACUGCAGGCAGCUCGGAAAGCUCCUGUUGCCGCUCGUGGCUUCAGAAUUCAAUGUAACAAGUGGGCUAUAUUAGUCCGCUUGCUGUUGGGGGAAAUACCUGAGAGGACCAUCUUUAUGCAGAAAGGGAUGGAAAAGGCAUUGAGGCCAUAUUUUGAGCUUACGAAUGCUGUACGGAUUGGUGACUUGGAAAUGUUUAGGGCAGUUGCAGAGAAGUUUGCUGGCACCUUCAAUGCUGACAGAACGCACAAUCUAAUUGUUAGGCUGCGGCAUAAUGUCAUUAGGACUGGAUUACGCAACAUAAGCAUCUCUUAUUCCCGCAUCUCACUUGCAGAUGUUGCUAAAAAAUUGGGGUUGGACUCCGCAAAUCCAGUUGCAGAUGCCGAAAGCAUUGUGGCCAAAGCCAUUCGUGAUGAUGCGAUAGAUGCCACAUUGGAUCAUGCAAAUGGGUGGAUGGUAUCUAAGGAGACUGGAGACAUUUAUUCGACAAAUGAGCCUCAAAUUGCCUUCAACUCUAGGAUCGCUUUUUGUCUUAAUAUGCACAAUGAAGCAAUUCGGGCCUUGCGCUUUCCCCCAAAUACACACAAGGAGAAGGAAAGUGCUGAGAAGAGGAGAGAAAGGCAACAGCAGGAGCAAGAACUUGCAAAGCAUAUUGCUGAGGAGGAUGAUGAUGACUUUUGAGAAUGGUGUGGGCACCAUUGUGUUUUAUUUUUGCACACAUACAUUCUCUAUUUUUGUUACUGCUGCUUCCGAAAGUUCAUAGUAUUUUUCAGUUUUCAAUCAAUCUGAGACUAACCAGUUCAUUGUGAUGCAUAUACAACUUAGAUCCCUGUUUUUUAAUCUUCAUUUAGCAUUAGGGUGUUGUGUUUUUCCAUGGACUUCUCAAACCUAGUAACAUAGUUGCCUAUUUUUGGAAGUAGUA